AAGUAAAUCGUUCAAGAAUGCACGCUAUAUUCAGAUGCUGGUGUCCGAACAGUUCUGAAGUAUUACAAAAUCACCUCGAACGAUUUUACGUCCGGACAUUUUAACAUGAUUAUUUAGAAGAUGAACCCCAUUCAAAUUGAACAAGCCCACCACAGGGCACUGACUUCAAACUUCAGCUUCCACAGAAUAACAUGGUGUUCAUUUGAAAGAAGUAACAGAAGGUCUUAGGAAAUGCAGAAGGAAGAGAGCAGUUGCUAGAAAAGAAAAUAUAGAUAAAUAAAUAAGUAAAUAAAUAAAUAAACAAAUAAAUUAAGAUUAAAUUGUAAGCUAAUAAAUUACAUGCUUAACGCGGUGUUCAUUUGAAAGAAAGUAUUAGUAAAUACAUAAAGGAAGAGAGCAGUUAUUAGAAACGAAAAGAGUAAAAUAAUUUAAAAAAUAGAUGAAAAUGUAGGUCAAUUAUUUAAUGGCAUGCUUUUCAUUAAACGUCAUAUUGCUUUGUGAAUAAGGCCCAAGAGUGUCACCGUAAUAAAAUUAAGUAUUAUUCUUCGGUGACACCCUAGUCACAGUCAGAUUGUCCAAUACUAUGAUUAAUAUUAUUAUUAUACAUCCCUCCCACUCUCUGCUCACAGCCAGACCCGAUGGGCUCGGAACCCGUGAAGAUGCCCUACCUGGAGACCAUCGGUCUGAACCACAACCCACUCUGCUACCUGCCGGAGAAGCUCUUCAAGCCCCUGAGGAAUUCGCCCGUGAGGAGGCUCUACAUGAAGAACUGCUCCCUCUGCGAUUUUCACGGCCAGCCAUUAUCCUACCUCCGCCACCUGGAAGUGCUGGACCUGUCAGCCAACAUGGGAAUGGAUGUCUCGCAAAUCGCCAGGUUCCUCAAACCUCUCAAAGAUGGACAACUGCGGGAACUCUACCUGGCUCAAAACAAUUACGCAACCGUUCCUAAGACUGCCUUGAGUUUGGUCAACGCGACGCUAGAAAAACUCGACCUGCACGCAGCCGCCUUCACCUGCCUGGACAAUACGUCCUUUCCCAUGAUGCCCAGGCUGAAGAUUCUCAACCUGAUGUACUCCCGCAUCUAUUCGAUCGAGGAGCAGACCUUCACCACUCUCCCGAUGCUGGAGGAACUUUACCUCGACGGGAAUUACCUGCAGAGCUUCCCGGCUGCCGUUCUCCUGCCUUCCCUAAGGAAACUCUCGAUGAUAGAGAACCCGACCUACACGGGGGGCGACGCCUCCAGGUCAUUCAACAUGGGCAACGUGAAUCUGUCGAAAAUGAAGAACCUGCUGAGUCUGGCGCUGGACAAGGUGCAGCUGACGGAGGUGAAGAACACCUAUUUCCUGGGCCUUUACGAACUCCUGAACCUGAGCCUAGUCGACUGUCAUAUCACGACCAUCGAGCCGUACAGUUUCAGGAACCUGACAAAGCUACAGACACUGUACCUCGACAAGAACUCCCUGACACUCAUGGCCAACGAGACUUUCAGGGGACUGAGGAACCUGAAAAACUUGAGCCUCACCAAAAACAACAUCGCCUUCUUCUCCCGAGACAUAAUCUACCACCUGUGGGCGGGCGUGGGUAAGCCCACCGUUGACACGCGAGACACGAGGUCAACGACUGUCAAGGACUCCUGGCCCGGAUCAGGUCCACUGUCAUACGCCAGGGCCUUCGAGGACUUGGUGGUGACCUUCGGGAAAAAUCGAGUGACGCUCCCCGAAGGGCGAGAGGCGACCCUUCAGAGGGAAUACGCCGCUUCCCAGGGGGCGCUGACGGAAGACGGCGGCAAAGAACCGACGGCUUACUUCCCUUUCGGCGGGCUGGAGAACCUCCAGUACCUCUGGCUCAGCGACAACCAGAUCCGCUGCCUGGUCCCCGAGAUCUUCCGAGACCUGGUCAACCUGGAGGUGCUGAACCUGGGGUAUAACGAGAUCGACCAGUGGUACGAGCCCAUCCUUCAGCGGAGCCAGAAACUGACCUUCCUCUCGCUGGAGAAGAACUCCGUGAAGGUUCUGACGGAGGCCAUGGUCGAGGACUUCCAGAUCAAGAGCCUGGAGAGCAUCAACCUCAAAAACAACAUUCUUCUUUGCAACUGCAGCCUGGCCUUCUUCAACGGCAGCCUCGACACGUCCAUAUUCGUCGACUUCUCCAGCUACGACUGCUGCAAGAACAACAAAUACUACAACGUCUCCGUGGUCCUUCAGGAGCUCGACUGCCCCGACGACUCCGCCAGUAAGGGGGACGACGACCCCGAGGCCGCCACAGUCUUGGAGAUGAAGCUCGUCAUCGGGAUCGUGGUGGCUCUUCCCGCCGUCGUAGUCUUCGCUUUUCUGGUGAUCUACAAAAGGAGGUGGUACAUCCGCUACAUUGUAUACUCCAUGAAAUCCGGGAUGAAGAUGUACAAGGAGGACGAUGACAGCUACCUCUACGAUACCUUCGUCUGCUACUCCCAGGCGGACAGACAGUGGGUCUUCGAGCACCUCCUCAGGAAACUGGAGGACAUGGCAAAGUACAGAGUGUGCGUUCAUGAGCGUGACUUCGCAGUCGGACAGGAGAUAACCGAAAACAUCAUUUACAGCGUUGAGAAAUCAAGGAAGGUCAUCGUGGUGCUGACGCCCUCCUUCGUCGCCAGCAGCUGGUGUAUGUUCGAACUGCAGAUGGCGAGCAACAAGAUCCUCGACGAGAAGAAGUCGAAGUUGAUCCUGAUCCUCCUGGAGGAGAUUCCGGCCAAGGACCAGUCGAAGAAGCUGCGGCUCCUCCUGAAGACGAGGACCUACAUCACGUGGGAGAAGUCCGAGGAGCAGCAUAGGUUCUUCUGGGCCAGGCUCUUCAGGGCGAUUGCCAAGCCUUCGGACACCGAGGGGCUGAGGACUGUCUCCUCCAGCGCGGAGCUGGUCGGGUCCUCCUCGACGUCCUCCUCGACGUCCGGGUCUCUGGAAUCGUCUUCUUCUUCUGUAUCUCCUUUCCCUCCUCCUUCUCCUCCUCCUCCUUCUUCUUCUUCUUCUCUCGCUCCGUACACAAACUUCACUCUGGACGAAAGUGAUGUGACCAAUAUUCAUUUAUGAAGCGCCUCAGUGGCGUGGUCGGUAUGGUGUUGGCGUACCACCUCGGAGGUCGCGUGAGUUCGAUUCUCGGGCAUUCCACUAAAGGGCCAGAGAUGUGUAUUUCUGGUGAUAGAAGUUCACUCUCGACGUGGUUCGGAAGUCACGUAAAGCCGUUGGUCCCGUUGCUGAAUAACCACUGGUUCCAUGCAACGUCAAAACACCAUACAAACAACAAAUAUUCAUUUAUGAAAUUCAGUACUACUCAUUCGUUGAUAUUUCUGAUAUUUCACCUUCUUAGGGUAAGUUAAAAACAUACAAUAUACAUAGUCUGUAAGUAGGUGUAUUUAUAUUUGUAUAUCCAGAGAUUUGCGGUUAUAUCUUUACAUCCAAAUAAUAAUUAUUAUAUAGAAACACACAUAAAAUAUAUGUAAAUGUAUAUAUACAUAUAUAUAGUCACCACCCCAAAAAAAAAAUAUUGUCCUCUCAUUACUGUAUCACAACAAUUCACGAAUCACUAUACGUCACUAUCAAUUAUACCUCCCUUUUACAGUGCAGUAUUGUGCAUCAUUCCUCUUCAGCACUUUAUAACGAAGCCCCUAUUUUGUCAGUUAUGUUGGAAGACUUUUCAGAGAAAA